GAUGAUGGUGAUGAUUUCGAAAAAUAAAACUUUUUGGCUAUGUUUAAUAAUCAUCAUAAUCAUCAUAAUACAGGAUUGUUGUGUUGAUGGACGUCGUGGAAAAAGUAGCCGUCGACGUAAAAUGCGUAAACAAAAUUCAAAAUUAUUAUUUCAUAAUACCAAUUCUAAACGUGCUGAUUAUUAUAUGAAUGCUGAUGGUGCACAGAUAAUACGAUCAUCACAUUUUGAUUAUGAAUUCUAUCUUGGCCAUAAAAUUAUAUUCAUUUGUGUGGCAACCGGUGAUCCGUUACCAACAAUCACAUGGUUCAAAGAUGGAAUCGAAAUAGAUAAUAGUUUUAAUAAUUAUCUACAUAUAAAUGAAUGGAAAUUUGGUAAAGAAAAAGAAGCACAGAUUAAAAGUAAAUUGGAAAUUGAUCCAGCAAGACAAAUGGAUUCCGGUACAUAUGAAUGUAUGGCUAAUAAUAAAUAUGCAGUGGAUAGAAAAAAUUUUAAAGCCGAUUUUUGAAAAAAAAACAAGUGGCCACCACAGCAAACUUACCUUCGUU